UGUUAGGAUGUCAUCAAAGUACAGAAUGUUUCAAUGCUAAAUUAACUUUAUAUAGAAGCGUGAAAGAUUUUUUUGUACUAUACAUCAAAAUACAGUUGGCUAUUCGGAUUUCUGAUAUUAACAAAGAGCAGGUUUUAGUUAUAAUAGUACAUUAAUAUGUAGUUUUUGAUCAGUUUUCUUAUUAAAUAUUGGGCCUCUGAAUUAAAGCCUCUCACCAAUAAUGUAAAUCCUCUAAUGCUGCCACCUGCUGGCCAUUUUUCGGUAGACCUAAAAUGUUCUCGCACGUGAUUGGUCCAUUUAUUUCAAAUUUACAAUGGCCAAUGAGCAGAGACCUGAAUGGUAGAUAAAAGCGGGACGCGGGUACGUCCGGUACUUGUGCUUUAUUUGAAACAAGUAAUAAUGUCAGGAAGAGGCAAAACCGGUGGCAAAGCCAGGGCUAAGGCCAAGACCCGCUCGUCCCGCGCUGGGCUCCAGUUCCCCGUCGGCCGUGUUCACAGACUUCUCCGCAAAGGCAAUUAUGCUCAUCGCGUCGGUGCCGGUGCUCCCGUCUAUCUGGCUGCUGUGCUCGAGUAUCUGACCGCUGAGAUCCUGGAGUUGGCUGGAAACGCUGCUCGUGACAACAAGAAGACCCGCAUCAUCCCCCGCCAUCUGCAGCUGGCCGUCCGCAACGACGAGGAGCUCAACAAACUCCUUGGUGGAGUGACCAUCGCUCAGGGCGGUGUGUUGCCAAACAUCCAGGCCGUCCUUCUGCCCAAGAAGACGGAGAAACCCGCUAAGAAGUAAAUUCUAUAAGAAUUGUAAACCAAAAGGCUCUUUUAAGAGCCACGCAUAUUCUUUCUUAAGAGCUUUAUUUCUUGAACCAAACGGGUAUGCUAUAAUGAACUUAUUGGCACCCACAUACCGGAACGGUGUCGGUUUAACUCGGCCUACUUGUUAUGUAGGCCUGUAGACGUUCCUUGCUGACUCUAUGAACGUCAGCAAUAUUGACACGUUCUGAUCGAGUUUUUGAAUGGAUUUCAAGAGGUCAGAUUAGCUUAAAGUUGUUCCAUUGACUCGCACUUUCCCUCCAUUUUAUUCUCUUCGUAGGAUGCAUUUUGGAGGGGAGUUGGACUUAAAACAUCCUUAGUAGGCUUAUGUACUGUUUAAGUUCAAGUUUUAAACAAUUUGGUCUCGUAAGAUAUACGUUCUUGUCCUGUUUGCUCGGCACAGAAAAUUCUAUGUACUCAUCAACCUAGGCAAUGCCCUCAUAUUCUAUUGUGCCCUCUUAAUAAUGCUGGGUAAAGACUGAAACAAAGCAUGUAACCAGUGGCGACUGGUCAUUGGGGGCACGUGGGGCUCGGCCCCACCUACUCGCACAA